AUGACGAAUCCAAUUGGUAUCCUCGCCCAGGCGCGGCGGCGCGCUCGGUCUGUAGCCUGCGUGGCCACUGCUGUCUCCGCCGCGUUCUUGUUGGUUACUGGCGGGAUAGUCUCUGGUUCUUCUCACGCAGCUCUUAGCGGGAACACCGGGCCGCAGCCGCACCACCAGUACCCUGCUGCUGCCGACUUCCAAUGGCAGCAGCAGCAGUCGCACGCAAAGCGACAGCGAAAACACCAAAGCGAAGGCGCAACGACAGCUGCGCGGCCACGGCUGUACCCCGAAGCGGACGAUUCUCGACAUGGAGUGCUGCUCUCCCGAAAGAAGGUCACUCCGCUACAUCACAGCAGCAGCAGCAGCGGUAGCGCUUCAACCUCUGCACAGACGACGGCGCUGCUGCAUGAAGAGCAGCGGGAGACGCAACAGGCAGGGAGGCAGAACCUGAAAGGCAGCCGAAAGCGAAGGGCGGCGGCAGCAGCAGCAGCAAAGGACAACGACGACGACCAGGAGGGUGACCAGCCACCUCAAGAACAAGAAGACGGAACGCCGGCUCCAGAACGCACCCCUCUACCUACCCCCGACCCCACCCAAGCGCCCACGCCCGAUGCUACCGAAGCACCGACGCCCGCCCCUACCCAAGCACCCACGCCCGACCCUACCCAAGCACCCACGCCCGACCCUACCCAGGCACCUACUCCUGACCCCACUCAAGCACCGGUCCUUGCGGCAACGCCAGCGCCUACGCCAGCAGCGGAGGAGGCCAGCCCGGCGCCCGCGGCCGCGGCAACUCCAGGGCCUGUUGAGGAUGGGGGAGGCGGGGGAGACGACAACAAGGUCGCCACGCCCCGCUUCACGGGCACGGCCCAGCACUCCGUCAUGUCCUACACGGACCACAUCGAGUGCGACACCGAGGGCGCCACAAUCCGCUACACCCUGGACGGUUCCGAUCCCGUCUCCACGACAACGGCGUCGGUGCACGAGGUGCCCCCUGGGGGCUCGGUGUUUGUGAAAACGAUCGGAACGGUGACCAUCCGGGCGGUCGCAACGAAGGAGGGAAUGGAAAAUUCGGACGAGGCGCAGAAAACGAUCACGAUUCAGGAACAAGUCGAAGAUCCUGCCCUGUUUUUCGCGGGCGAGAGCGCGACUGCCGACGUAACCGACGAAGAAAACGCCUUCCUGCGGACCGUCGCCAUCACCAUGAACUGCUCCACACCCAACACCACCGUGCGGUACACUACGGAUGGCGUUUCCGUCCCGGGGGACACGUCCCCGUCGGUAGAGCCCGGGACCGUGGUGCAGUGGUCGGAGGAGGGCACGUGGGAGUUCAGGGUGGUGGCGGUGGCGGACGGCCUGUACCAGAGCGAGCUCACCAUGUGGCCGGUGACGAUCGUUGCGCCCAGGACCGACGAGUACCCCGUCGCGGGGUCGUCGGGAGACGUAACAGCAUUCGAAGCCGUCUACGCUGCCCCUGCGGCGGAGCUGGAGCAGCAGGAGGUGCUGGGUCCCGGCUACGGCGACCAGUGCGAAGGCGGCGCGCGCGUCGUUAGGGGGAAGCUUCUCCGGGUGUUUAACCCGAGCGGCCACUUUUCGUUCGCGCCGCCGCCGGGUGCUUGCGGCGGCGAUGGCGAGGAGCACGCCCUCUCUCCGGCGUCCCAGACAAGCCGAGGCUUCGAGGCGGUCCGCCGAACCGCCCCGCUCCUGGACGGCGAGUCCCCGGAGGACGCCAGGGUUCGCCUCGACCUCGACUCCCGAGAAGCGGCCUGGCGCGCGGCCGGCGGAGGUAACGGAUGCCAGGCGGCGGCCGCGGGAGGCAUGCUUCCGCCGCUGAGCGGCGACGGCGGGAGUUGUGCGGUUGGCCAUCUUGUCGGCGCCGGUCAAGUCUUCCAGGCGGAAGAAGGGACGGCGAUGGUGAGCUUCGGAGUCCGGGGAGACAGCUUCGUGGUGGGAACAAUCACCGCCGAGGAGGUACUAGACGAACAGAACCCUUUCCAAAACCUCAUCUCCGGAGCCGGGUGGUUGGUGCGCGCGGGAGUCAACCACGUCGAGGCCUCGGCGAGAGACGGGCACCUGGACAUCUUGCUCGACGAUGACGAAGAUGGCGAAGGAGAGGAGGGCGGCGGUAGUAGCGGCAGCGGCAGCGGCAGCAGCAGCGUGGGGGUUGGCGAGGGAGGGGCGCUGGACGACCUCCUCGUGGCGAAGCUGGCACGUACCGCGAUCGGCCACGACUCUGAGGGUCGCUUGAUCUUGCUGCAGACCUCCGGCGCAGCCGCGGGGUCCGACCAGGACACAGCCAUCCCGGACGGUCUCGACCUGUCUGAGCUGGCGGACGUGCUCGUGGAGGCCGGGGCUGUAAACGCCAUCAACCUGGUCGGAGGCGCGCCGUCCGCGAUGAUGGUGAACGGCAGCGCGAUCGUGGACCCGGCAGGGCCGUGCUCAACGUCGGCGGAAGAUAGCGACAGCUACGGCGGGUUUAGGGACGGCUCCGCCCUGCCACGGUGCGAAAUCCCGGUAUCGAGCAUCGUUUGCGUCCACCUGGACCCUCCGCCGCUGAUCGAAGGUGCCGAAGGUAUCGAUGGCACUCCCUCGCCGAGCCUACAGCCCACCUCCUCUUCUUCGGCUGCCGCUGUGCCGGCCGGAGAUGACUGGGGUGGCGGUGGGUGGGACAGCAGCAGUGGUGGCGGCGAGAGCAGCGGCGACAACACGGAGGAGGCGCGGCUGCGGUGGACGCGGGAGCUGUGUGGGGGCAACGGCACGGGCAACGCGACGAGCCUGUGGGAGCACCUGGACAAUGUCGAGGAGUCGGUGCUGAGGUACAAGAUCGCGUUCUGGGUGGCAGCGGUUCUGGGCAUGGCGAGCCUGUACCUGAACAUCCAGCACCAGAAGAGCAACUCGUCCUCGACCUCUCGGUCGGCCGAGCUCGGCGGGAGCGCCUACAGCCGGCAGCUCCAGCAGCAGCAGCACGUCGGCCUGGUCAACGGAGGGACCGUCAAGACCGGCACGAGCAGCACCAAGUCCCCCACGGGGAUAGUCGAGAUGGUUGGCAGGGGAGGGGGCGGGGUAGGGGGUAGCAAACGGGGGUCUCGCAGCAGCAGGCGGAAACGUGGUUCCAGCACCGGAGGGGGGUACGCCAGAUUGAACGGGGGAGACGCUGAAUGGGACGAGGACGGGGGGGGUGGCGGUGGUGCGCACGCGGCGAUGAUGGACAGCGAAGAGGAGGUCGACCUUGGUCUGGCACCAACGCGAACGUCGUCCCGAUCCAAGCGCGAGAAAGGCAAAGGCGGUCGCUUGAGAAAGGCUCUCGCCAAGGUCUCUAGGGGAGGAGGAGGGGGGGGCGCACAGGGGGGGGGGGCUGACCUCCAUGCUGCUGCCAUGGGAAUCAAUCCCUUCCGUGGGGGCGGGAGGGGGGACCCCCCAAGGGGCUCCCGAAAAAUUUACGAUGAGGAAGGGACCUGGGCGUGA